CCACUUUUUUGUUUGUGACGUAUUAGAUUCAUAAACAAGCAAUCUUCUCAAUUCGAUAAUUUGCCGCUAAUGACUGCAUUAGUAUUUAUCUUCUUAUUUGUAAAAGAAAUAAAUUUAAAUAAAAUCAAACAAAAUGAGCAAGUAUACCUCAAAGUAUCUGGAAGAUAAGCUAAAAGAAAAAUUAGACGCUACGUAUGUGCAUGUUACAGACGAAUCGGACGGAUGUGGUGGAAAAUUUAGUGCUGUCAUCGUCUCUAAAGCAUUUGAGGGAAAAGCACUCCUUCAAAAGCACAGAUUAGUUAACACAACGCUCGCCGAAGAACUUAAGGAAAUACACGCUUUCUCGCAAAAAUCAUACACACCAGCCGAGUGGGAGAAAGUGCAACAGCAAUAGCAAGAGCAGCAGCAACCGUAACCUGUUGCUUCACUGUGGAGCCUAAAACCUGUACAUGCAUGUGUGUAUGUGUCUACAGAUGUAUGUGAUUUAACCAGCCAACGUCAGACGAAAUCCAACCAGUCGAAACCAAAAACAGUUGAACAAAGAAAGUGAAAGGGAAACAGCCGAUGAACGGAGUAACAAUAAACACGCAAAAUUUCGCGUAACAUUACAUAAAAUCUGAAGCAAACAUACAUAAUAUAAAUAAAGCGAGAACCUGAUCUCCAGUGACCCUUGUUGCCGCCAUCUUGCAUGAACUCGAGGGCACCAUUAGAAAUUCAAAUAUC